CGAGUAUGUUGACAGCUACUAGCUAGCAGGUUCACAUUUUAGCUUGUUUCAUAAAAACUCACCUGCGGCAGCUGGACCCCAAGGCACUCAAAACAACAAAUGAUAUGAAAGACAUGCCUUAAUGUAUUUCAUACCUGAGCCCAACGUUGGGGAGACACGUUCAUGCGCCAGCAAGAUGCAGCAUGCUGGAAGUAUGCAACCUUUAAAUAGAAGAGAUGCAGGCGUUUGGAAUCAAACAAAAAGUCUUCUCUACAAGAAUUUACUGAUCAAAUGGAGGACCAAGCAACAGAGCUUGCAGGAGUUGAUCCUACCCCUGCUGCUCCUGGGUCUCCUGAUCCUGAUCAGUAAUCUCAACCCCCACGUCUACUACGGGGGCAUCAGCACCAUGGUGCUGGGGAAGGAGGAUGACAACCACAUCAUCAGCGUCCUGGGCUACACCCCCAUCACCAAUGUCACCAACCACAUCAUGGAAGAGGUGGCCCAGGAGAUGCGCAUGCAGGACCACCUGGAGAUGUUCUCCAGCGAGGAGGACCUGGAGAACGCCAGUCUGUACGAGCCGUUGGGCUACGUCGGGGUGGUGUUCCUGGACAGCUCUGCCACCUCAUACAGACUGCGUUUCCCCUCCAGCCAACUGCCCCCUCCCAGCGACUACACUGAGUCUAUCGCCGACUGUUUCGACACGUCAGUGAACUGCAGAGCAGCUGAUUACUGGCACUCAGGCUUCGUGCGUCUCCAGUCUCUUAUCGACGCUGCCAUCAUUCAGGUGCAGACCAAGCGGCAGGUGUGGAGUGAGAUGGACAUGCGUGUGGUGAUGAUGGGCCAGCCCGGCUCGGUGGAGGUGCAAAAGUUCCCUCACGCGCUCAUCUCCAUCUACCUGGUCCUGGCCUUCACGCCCUUCGUCACCUUCCUCAUCGUCAACGUGGCGGCUGAGAAGGAGCGGCGACUGAAAGACACCAUGAGCAUGAUGGGGCUGUACGACUCUGCCUUCUGGUUGUCAUGGGGACUGCUGUACGCCGCUCUGGUCACCACCAUGUCCUUCUUGAUGUCUGUCAUCGCCACGUACACCGCACUCUUUCCCAACAGUCACUUCCUGGUGAUCUUCCUCCUCAUCUUCCUCUACGGGAUCUCCUCUAUCUUCUUCUCCUUCAUGCUGACUCCCCUGUUUAAGAAGCCCAAGUUUGCCAGCACGGUGGGCUCGAUGCUGACUGUGGUGUUUGGCUGCCUGUCCCUGUUCACCGUGCUGAUGAAGGACUUCCCCCAGCCGCUGGUGUGGGUCAUGUGCCUGCUCUCCCCCAGUGCCUUCUCCAUCGGCAUCGCCCAGGUGGUGUAUCUGGAGGCCCAGGGAGAUGGAGCAGUGUUCUCCACCCUGCUGAACGGCCCCCAUCCUCUCUACGCGCCCCUGCUCAUGCUGGUCCUCGACUGCUUCCUUUACCUGCUGCUGGCGCUCUAUCUGGACCAGGUGCUGCCAGGUGAGUUCGGCAUCAGGCGGUCCCUGCUCUACUUCCUGAUGCCGUCCUAUUGGUCGAAGCGCGGUAAGCGCUACGUGGAGGUGAGCUCGGUGUACGAGAUGGAGGUGAACGGGGCCCCCGGCGUGGACGAACCUGUGGAGCCCGUCUCUCCAGAGUUCAGGGGAAAGGAAGUCAUCCGCAUCAACAACAUCCGUAAGGUCUACAAGGAGAAGGGCAGCAUGGUUGAGGCUCUCAGAGGGUUGACCUUUGACAUCUACGAGGGCCAGAUCACCGCCCUCCUGGGGCACAGCGGAGCGGGCAAGUCCACCCUCAUGAACAUCCUGUGUGGCAUCUGCCAGCCCAGCGACGGCUCGGCCACCAUCUACGGCUCCCCGGUGGCAGAGGUGGCCGAGGGCUCGGAGAUGAAGCAGCUGGUGGGCAUCUGCCCUCAGUUCAACAUCAUCUUCGACGUCCUGACUGUGGAGGAACACCUGAAGAUCUUCGCCGCCAUCAAAGGCAUCCCGCCCGCCGCCAUCAAGGCAGAGGUGACCAAAGUGUUGAAGGAUCUAGACCUGGAGAAGAUCAUGGAUGCCCAGGCCAAGAAUCUGAGCGGAGGUCAGAAGAGGAAGCUGUCUGUGGGCAUAGCCAUCCUGGGAGACCCCAAGAUUCUGCUCCUGGACGAGCCCACAGCAGGUAUGGACCCCUGCUCCAGACACCAGGUGUGGUCGCUGCUGAAGAGUCGCAGAGCUGGCCGGGUCACUGUGCUCAGCACACACCACAUGGAUGAGGCUGACAUCCUGGCUGACCGUAAAGCUGUGAUCUCUCAGGGCCAGCUGAAGUGUGUGGGCUCGUCCCUCUACUUGAAGACCAAGUGUGGGGUCGGCUACCACCUGAGGAUGUCGGUCGGUGAUGGAUGCGAGGCGGAUUGUGUUACAUCUCUGGUCAAACACCACGUCCCCAAGGCGCAGUUGUCACGGCAACAGGAGGCGGAGCUGACUUUCACGCUUCCUUUUGAAAGCAUGGACACCUUUUCAGGUCUGUUCUCUGAGCUUGACUGCAGGCCUGACCUAGGCAUCGCCAGCUACGGGGUCUCCAUGACGACGCUGGAGGAUGUGUUUCUGCGUCUGGAGGCGGAGUCUGAGGUGGACCAGGCUGACUACAGUGUGUUCAACCAGGAGCAGGCGGAGGACGAGGGCGACGCGUCCUCCCUGGACGAUAUAGACCAGCACCUGCUGACCUUCUCAGACAGCCGCCCGGACGCCGUGUCGGGCCACGCCCUGUGGAGGCAGCAGUUCAGCACGGUGGCCUGGCUGCACAUGCUCAGCAUGCAGCGGGAAAGCAAGGCCUUCAUCUACACGCUGAUGUUGUUCCUGGUGUUCCUGGGUGCGCUGCUGGUUCUGUCCCUGGCCACGGGCAACAUCCAGAUCCACUCCCCCGACCGUGAGUUCCAGCCCAUCUACCUACUGAAGCGCAACCAGACCCCCAGGAAGUACGUCACCAGCCUGCUGGUCCAGAACUCCUCAGGCUCCGACAUCUCUGACUUGAUCCGUAACCUGGAGGCCCAGAACAUCCAGGUGGAGAUGAUGAUGCAGGGGGACUACAUGGCAGCAGCUCCUCACAGUGCUGCCAUCAGCGUGUCGGGCUCCAGCAAGGGUUUCAGAUACACUAUAGCGUUCAACAGCACCACGGUCCACUCCCUGCCCAUGGCGGUGAACGUCCUGAGCAACGCCAUCCUGCGCGGCCUCAACGGCACCGGACACAUCCACACCUGGACCAAGCCCUUCGACUACCAAAUCCCAGACUCCAUCUCCUACGCCGUGGUCUACAUCGAGGCCAUCAUCCUGGGCAUGCUGGCUGCCGGCAUGCCAGCCUACUUCGGCAUGGACCACACCCGCGACCGAGAGAUCAAGUGUCGGUCCACGCUGCGUAUCUCGGGCCUGGUCCCGUCCGCCUACUGGUGCGGCCAGGCAGCCGUGGACAUCCCCUUCUACUACCUCAUCCUGUCCUGCAUGACCGGCAUCCUGUUCAGCUUCCACACUGGGAACCUGCUCACCUCCAGAAACCUCACCGCUGUGGUGCUGUGUCUGGUAGGAUUUGGGCCGGCCAUGAUCCUGUUCACCUACGUGGUGUCCUUCAUGUUCACCCGCGUGCAGAGCAACAGAGACUUCUUCUCCGUGGUCUCCAUGAUGGCAUGUGUCGUGUCUGCCUCCGUGGUCCAGCUGUCGUUGGUGAACGACAACUCAGGCCUAAUGAGAAUCCUCCACAACACUCUGUGUUUAUUCAACCCCCUGUACCCCCUCAUGGGCUGCCUCAACUGCAUCACCAAGGCCACCUUCCUGCCUUCAGUCUCUGAAGAAGACUUCCUGUGGAAGAACCUCCUCAUUGCAGUGGUGUCACCCUACCUGCACUGCAUCGUCCUGCUGUUCCUGCUGCGCCACCUGGAGAUACGACACGGAGGGAGGACCAUGAAGAACGACCAGUUCUGCAGGAUCUCCUCUCAGCCCAAGGCCAAGGUGGAGAGGAACCUCGAGGAGGGUCUGAACGAGGAUGAGGACGUGAAGAUGGAGAAGGCCCGCGUCAAGGAGGCCCUCACCUGCCAGUGUUGUGAGGAGAAGCCGGUGGUGGUGGCCAACAGCCUGAGGAAGCAGUACAAGUGCAGGAGCGAUGGCUUCUCCCUCAACAAGAAGAGGACGGUGGCCACCAAGAACAUCUCCUUCUGUGUCCGCAAAGGUGAGGUGCUGGGUCUCCUGGGCCCCAACGGAGCAGGGAAGAGCACCAUCAUGCACAUGCUGUCAGGAGACACGGAGCCCACCGCUGGACAGGUCCUGAUGGGAGACUACAGCACAGACUUCCGCCCUGUGGACAACCCCCUGGACCACGUGGGCUACUGCCCCCAGGAGAGCCCCCUGUGGCCCCGCAUCACCCUGCAGGAGCACCUGGAGAUCUACGCUGCCGUCAAGGGCCUCCGUGGCCAGGAUGUACCAGGCAUCAUCCGACGGGUGGUGAACGCCCUGGAGCUCAGAGAGCACCUGAACAAGCAGGCCAAGAACCUGUCAGCAGGCCUCAAGAGGAAGCUGUGCUUUGCCCUAAGCAUGCUGGGAAACCCUCAGAUCGUGCUGCUGGACGAGCCCUCCACAGGGAUGGACCCCAAGUCUAAACAACGCAUCUGGAGAGCCAUCCGCGCUGCGUUCAAGAGCCGCCAGCGAGGGGCCGUCCUGACCACACACUACAUGGAGGAGGCUGAGGCAGUGUGUGACCGGGUCGCCAUCAUGGUGUCUGGUCAGCUCAGGUGCAUCGGCUCCAUCCAGCACCUGAAGAGCAGGUACGGGCGAGGAUACAGCCUGGAGGUGAAGCUGAGCGAGGAGCUGGCAGGCCUCCAGCAGGUGGCGCUGCUGCACCAGGAGAUCCUCCGCAUCUUCCCCCACGCUGCCAGGCAGGAGAGCUUUGCCACUCUGAUGGUUUACAAGAUCCCCAUGGAGGAUGUCCAGUCCCUGGCCAAGUCCUUCUCUCAGUUAGAGAGCGCUAAGCAAACCUUCAACUUUGAAGAGUACAACUUCUCACAGUCGACGUUAGAGCAGGUGUUCAUGGAGUUUGCCAAGGAGCAAGAGAGCGAGGAGGAGGAGGUGGGCUCCCUCAGCACCACCUUCCAGUGGCAGCGCUUGCAUCAGGACGGCCCUGUGCCCGCCAACCACACAGACAGCCUCGUGCACCAGCUGUGAGGGCCGACUCCCUUCUCACUCUUCCCGGCCGCGCUCCGCGGACAGCACCGUGUGGAGGAUCAGGACAGCCUGGUUGGAUCGUGUCUUCAGACCUUUGUGAAAGUCUCUCCUUCUUUUCAACGCUACAAGUUGGGCUCCGUUCACUACAGUACCAAAGCGGCCCGCUCUUCUGCACUGCGCACGCCACACCCCCUGAUCCUACACACACGAGCGCACUGGACCUGUCGCCAACGACACCUUCUUUUAGUGUCUGUAGCAUGUGAACUAUAUUUGCAUAGCCUGGUAGUUGUUUGUUGUGCUGCCCCCUGCUGGCGAGACCAGUCUGCGCUCUGCUGACUGUUCUGGAGGCCUUUUUUUCUUCUGUUGUUGUGUAGCAGAGAAACCCAGCGACCUCUCCCCCUGCGCUGCCCUCUGAAGGCCGUUAACGGUACCACUAGCAGAACCCCAGCCCCACACGUUCGCUGGGCCAAAAAGGGUUUUAGGUACUGUGUGUCCCCACGCUGUCCCUCUCUCUGUCCCUCUCUCUGUCCCUCUCUCUCUGUCUCUCUCUCUCUCUGUCUCUUUUUAUGUCUCUCUGUCUCUCUGUAUCUCUCUCUCUGUCUUUCUCUCUGUCUCUCUCUAGGGUUUCUCUAGAGAGACAAAGAGACAGGCAGACAGAGGGAGACAAACCUCCUAUACACACCAGCAUGCAUGUCAGUUACCAGGCCCAUGUGACCCAGAGGGAGGGGCCUGGGUUGAGUAGCCCAGCAUGCAUGAGAGGACGGAACGAUCCGGCCCUUGUACUAACUAGACAUCUCGGGGUGGCGCAUGGAUGACGUGAGGGUGAGGGGAGGACUCACACUGCCCCCUCCUGGUGGCUUUCCUCGUCACAGCCUGAGAGAGAGAACUGGGAGAAUGUAGUUUGGAAUAUGCACACACCAAAACAUGUAGCAUACAGACUUCGUGAAACAUUUACCACUGGGUACCGAUCCAAACGUUUGGGGAAAGUUAUUUGGAGUGUUUUGUGUGUUUUUUAGUCAGUGUUCUCCUGUGAAAAUGUCGAAUGUGUGACGCCUAGAUGGAAAGAAGUUUCUCUUCAGAGGUGAAGGCUGUUUCUCCCCCUCUGCUCUGAUUUCUCGCUCUCACUCCGUUGCCAUGUCAACUCACACGUGUUUUUCUAUUUAAUAUAUCUUCUUGGUGUGUCUGUUCUGUGUAUUUGAUGUAACGGGUACUGUUCUUUUGAGAGGAUGCUUGUCAGUGCAAACGGCAAAUCGCUAAGUUGUACCUUUUUUCUUCGACAUUCAGGUGUUUUUUUUGGGAGAAGGAUAUCCAAAGGGUUGUUUCUUCGUUUUUAUUUGAAUGGAAAGGAGUUCAUCCCAUCCAGUUGCGUCAUAUUUUAAUGUAAUUUUUUUGUCAUCUUAUCGGUGUCUCCAAUGAAAAAUUAAUUUAUUGUUUUUUUUUUUGUACUCCUGACCUGAACAACCAUGCUGGUUUUAAUGUCACAUCACUCGCUGAUGCCAGAAAUGUUCUCUAGUGCCGCAUCAGGUGUCAUACAAGACAUGAUUCCCCUGUGACGACUUAAAAGUGUUUGUUUUCACAAUUAGAGUCAUUUCUCUAGAAAGGUGUGGUCCCAACUGCUUCCUUUGUAAGGAGGCAUUGUCCUGAAUCUGAUUCCAAUCCACUUUAUUGAUGUCUUAACAAGCUUUUUUGAUGUGGAGAGGAGUCUUAAUAUUUUUUUUAGUCCAGCCUUGAUUCUGAAAUCUGAAUGAAGUAGUGGUUUUAGACAGCAGAUGGCCUUCACUUCUGUUCUCAUGUUUUAAGCUCCAUUUGGCACGGAUUGUCAUUGAGGAAAAUGCAUCUAGUCCCUUUUGCCUUUGAACACUUUUUGUCCCAACUAAUGUUUCCAUGUUUAUCCACUAGAACUGGAUUCAUGCUCUUAAAGGUGGAGUACAGACGCUUCUAGAUGUUUCUGGUUUUAAAAUAGUUUCAUCAUAAUGUGGAGAUUUGCAAGUAUUUGUUGUGGUCUAGUGUUUGGUGUUUGGGGUGUUGAAUAAUAGAACAAUUUACUUGAAAUGGGUGUAGUUUCAUUGAGGUUUGGUAUAUUUUAUGAUUGUUAUCGUUACUAUGUCUAUUGAGGGGAAAGUGCCCCACCCUAGAAAAGUUAGUUUUAACUGGGAAAGUAUUCAUUUGGCUUUUGUUAUUUACGCUUCUGUUUGCUACAAACUAAACUAACAUGUUUGUGGUUGGAGGUUGUUUUAAACAUCUGAGUAGUGAACACCCCCCACGUGUGAGCAGAACAUCUUCAUCUGAGGGAAAAUCAUUUCUGCACAUGUAGCCUGAUGCAAGGAAGGCCAAAUUAGAAUGUCUGACGGUUUUGUCCUAUGAAGGAUUAUGUUCAGAGAACUGCUAUCAAAAACAUAUUUUCCCAAGUGCAAUAUUAAGAUGUGUGUAGUGUUUAUAAGCAUUCUGUUAACUCUAAUUCCAUGGCUAAAUGCAAUAUUGUAUUGUGUGUACAUGGAUUUUCAGUACUUGUAGCCACCAACAAGUAAAUUAAAACAGAUUAAAUGUGCCCUUCUCUGGCAACUUCUCCAGACCAGGCAAUGAGAAAAGGAAUGCAUUCUCACCUACAUCAGACACAACUUUAAGAAGGUUUCACAUUCUUUGAUUUCACUCUGUACUCCCCGUAAAACGGCGAUCAAUACAUUGUCAUAGAAAUGCUAUUUGUAAUGAAAACUGAAAAGAUGCUCAAACAGUUUCCUUUUCCCUGGUGGUGGUAUUAUCGCACUACAUCUGGGAGUUUUAUAUAAUGUAUAUUAUGCAAUAUUUGUAAGAUUUUUGUGCACCGAUUUUAUUUUUUAUGACUUUUGUUGAGAUGUUUGUUGUGUUGUGCUCCUAUAAUCAAAGUUAACCCAGUCUAGCUGAAGCACCCUGAUCAUAUUGAAUUAAGAUCACUACACCCCCACCACUGGAAAUAAAUAUUGAAGAAAGUGAAAGCUAAA